GACAAAGGAUGCCAUCCUCGUCAAUCGUACCAGUCAACCUUAAGGGCCACACAAAAACAUGUACCAGUGGUCCAAAUAAUGUUAAACGGAUGAGUUACUUGAUUUAAAUAAAAUUAAAACGUCCACCUUUGAUCAGUUUGAACUAAACGGUAAAUGCCGCCAAAGAGCAUAUAAUCACUACCAAAGAGCAUAUAAUCACUAGUCCAUUAAACAUCAUAGAUUCAGACCAAGAUAAGUUGCCAGUGAUUUUGAUAGCCCAGCCUGUGUAAGUGUUAUUUUAAACGCCAAACUUCUAUGAAAUUAUUACGUUUACUCACACUUGCACAGGCUGGGCUAUGAAAAUCGCUGCCAACUUAUCUUGGUUCAGACCAAGAGAUCAAAGUCAGCUCUAAUAUACAUCGUCAUACAUUGCACAUAUAAAACUCCCAGUCCUCAAAAUUUCGCGAUUUGCCAUGGCGAGCGCUAUCAACCAUUCCCAAUCACAAAGUGCAGCUCGGUUAAAGUGCGCCCUGUGCAAAUGUUUAAAUGUGAACCAAAACUGUUGAAGUGUUGAACAAUUUUGAUAUUACUGUUUCUGAACGCUCUCAUCAGGAAAUUGUCAAUGUCACUGUUGUCGGCCAAAUGUCAUCUGUCAAAUGGUUUAGUCGUGUACUAUUUUGAAAGGAAUAUUGUUAAGUUUUGUUUUAACUUACAUUAUUUCAAUUAACACAAACCAUUUAAAUAUAAAUCUAACUGUCCUAUUUAUUGAUCACAGUCUUCUCGCAGCACUGACGAUGUAUAACCAGGUCACAUACUUGUCGCGUUAAGUUUCAUGCCACAGUGAAUAACUCGAACAUUACAAUGGAGAGCGACAAGAAAGUUGAGGAUUUGGAUAUUCCGACUGCGGAGGGGAAUCUCUUGGAGCAGCCGAUGGAAGCGCGGGUAGCGGUGCGUAAUCCGCUAAUGAAAGUGCACACUUAUGUGGUGGCGCUGCGACCGUGGUCGCUGAGUGCAAGCUUACUGCCUACACUGCUAGGGGCUGCUCUGGCGUGGCGUCUGCCCGGCGAGCAAGCCUUCAGCUGGCCCGCGUUGCUGCUCACCCUCUGCACAGUGCUCCCCGUGCAUGGCGCAGGCAAUGUCGUCAACACAUACUUCGACUUUGUUAAAGGAAUCGACAAUCGCAAGUCAGAUGACCGAACGCUCGUCGACCACCUCCUAAGCAUUGAUGAGGUUGUCUCUCUUGGUGCUAUAUUGUACCUGGCUGGAUGUGCCUGCUUUGUUCCCCUGUGGCUUCGGUGCGGUGCUCUCUAUGGUUCUUGCUGCCCAUGCUGACUCUGCCUAGAGCAUUUAAAAUUGAAAGGAUGUUCAGACACCCAGACACAAUGAGAUAUGUGCCU